GUGAAUUGAGUUGUAUCAUCCACUACUGACUGCUCUAAUCGGCAUCCAAACAAUCACUGUUUCCGUAUCAGGAGCAUUUCAACACUAAGCUAUCACCAUAGAGAUGGGGAGUGCUGAUGCCAACAAGCUCAGAUUUUGCAUUGACAGAGGGGGCACAUUCACUGAUGUUUAUGCUCAGGUCCCAGGUCAGCCUGAUGGUCGUGUUUUGAAACUUUUAUCGGUUGAUCCAUCAAACUAUGAUGAUGCUCCAGUGGAAGGAAUUCGGAGAAUUUUAGAAGAAUUUACAGGGCAGAAAAUUUCCCGUUGUUCGAAGUUGCCAACUGAUAAGAUAGAGUGGAUAAGGAUGGGUACAACUGUUGCUACUAAUGCACUUUUGGAGAGGAAAGGGGAAAGCAUUGCUCUUUGUGUUACUCGGGGUUUCCGGAAUUUGCUGCAGAUUGGUAACCAGGCUCGUCCAAAUAUUUUUGACCUCACUGUAUCUAAACCGUCAAACCUUUAUGAGGAAGUUAUUGAGGUUGAUGAGAGAGUUGAGCUCGUUCAUGAUACUAAAGAUUCUAGAUCUGCGUCAUUAGUUAAAGGGGUUUCUGGUGAGAUGGUUAAAGUGGUAAAGCCUCUAGAUGUAGAAAUGUUAAAGCCAUUACUCAAGGGUUUGUUGGAGAAGGGAAUUAGUUGUUUGGCAGUUGUGUUAAUGCAUUCGUACACUUACCCGCAACAUGAAAUAGCUGUUGAAAGAUUAGCAGCUAGUAUGGGCUUUAAACAUGUUUCCUUAUCCUCAGCUUUGACACCUAUGGUUCGAGCUGUUCCUCGGGGUCUAACAGCUAGUGUUGAUGCAUAUUUGACUCCAGUGAUCAAAGAGUACUUAUCAGGGUUCAUAUCUAAGUUUGAUGAAGGGCUGGGGAAGGUGAAUGUUUUGUUCAUGCAAUCUGAUGGAGGACUUGCACCAGAAAGUCGAUUUUCAGGCCACAAAGCUGUUUUGUCAGGUCCUGCUGGUGGGGUUGUGGGUUACUCUCAGACACUUUUUGGGCUUGAAACAGAGAAACCUCUUAUUGGAUUUGACAUGGGUGGCACGUCUACUGAUGUGAGCCGUUAUGCUGGGACUUAUGAACAAGUUCUGGAAACUCAAAUUGCUGGUGCCAUAAUACAAGCACCUCAACUCGACAUAAAUACUGUAGCUGCUGGUGGCGGAUCAAAGUUGAAGUUCCAAUUUGGUGCUUUUCGGGUAGGACCAGAAUCAGUGGGUGCACAUCCAGGUCCAGUCUGUUACCGUAAAGGUGGGGAAUUAGCAGUUACAGAUGCAAACUUAGUCCUCGGAUAUGUAAUUCCUGAUUAUUUCCCAUCAAUUUUUGGCUCCAAUGAAGAUCAGCCUUUAGAUAUUGAGGAAACAAGAAAAGAAUUUGAAAAUCUUGCUGAGCAAAUAAAUUCCUAUCGGAAGAGCCAGGAUCCAUUUGCAAAGGACAUGACAGUGGAGGACAUUGCACUGGGAUUUGUGAAUGUUGCCAAUGAGACCAUGUGCCGUCCGAUAAGGCAAUUAACUGAGAUGAAGGGUCAUGAAACAAAGGAUCAUGCACUUGCCUGCUUUGGAGGUGCUGGGCCUCAACAUGCAUGUGCAAUUGCUCGGUCAUUGGGUAUGAAAGAAGUACUCAUACACAGGUUUUGUGGAAUCUUAAGUGCUUAUGGGAUGGGAUUGGCAGAUGUUGUUGAGGAGGUACAGGAGCCAUACUCUGCGAUUUACUGUCUGGAUUCUGUCCAGGAGGCCUCUCACAGAGAAGCCGCUUUACUGAGUCAAGUAAAGCAGAAGUUGCAAGAGCAAGGUUUUAGAGAUGAAAAUAUAAAAACAGAGACAUAUUUGAAUUUGAGAUAUGAAGGUACAGACACCUCAAUCAUGGUUAAAAAACGACAAGAUGGAGAUUGCAAGUAUGAUCUGGACUUUGUGGAACUAUUCCAGCAGGAGUACGGAUUUAAAUUACUGAAUAGGAAUAUCCUAGUAAGCGAUGUUAGGGUUCGUGGGGUAGGAGUGACUAAUAUAUUGAAGCCAUUGGCUCUGGAAUCUGCAUCAAGUUCUCCUAAAGUUGAAGGUAACUACAAGGUUUAUUUUGAGUAUGGGUGGCAAGAAACACCUCUAUACAAGCUUGAGAAUCUGGGCUACGGGAAUGUCAUGCAAGGUCCAGCAAUAAUUAUGAAUGGGAAUAGUACUGUGAUAGUGGAACCUAGGUGCAAAGCUAUGAUAACCAAGUAUGGCAACAUUAAAAUUGAAAUCGAGUCUGCUUCAAACACCCUGAAAGUAGCAGAAAAGGUUGCAAAUGUUGUGCAGCUCUCAAUCUUUAAUCAUAGAUUUAUGGGUAUAGCUGAACAGAUGGGAAGGACCCUACAGAGAACCUCUAUAUCAACUAACAUCAAGGAACGGCUAGAUUUCUCGUGUGCCCUCUUUGGACCUGAUGGGGGAUUAGUUGCUAAUGCUCCUCACGUCCCUGUGCACUUAGGAGCAAUGUCUAGUACUGUUCGGUGGCAGCUCAACUAUUGGGGUGAAAAUUUGAAUGAAGGAGAUGUUUUGGUCACCAAUCAUCCUUGUGCAGGAGGUAGCCAUCUUCCUGAUAUAACAGUUAUUACACCUGUGUUUGAUAAUGGAAAGCUGGUAUUUUUUGUGGCAAGUAGAGGGCACCAUGCAGAGAUUGGAGGUAUUACUCCUGGAAGCAUGCCACCAUUUUCCAAGUCGAUAUGGGAAGAAGGGGCUGCUAUAAAAGCAUUUAAGCUUGUUGAAAAGGGGAUUUUUCAAGAAGAAGGAAUUACUAAACUUCUCCGCUUCCCCUCUUCUGAUGACCUGGCACAAAAGAUCCCGGGAACUCGAAGGCUUCAAGAUAACUUAUCAGAUCUUCAAGCCCAAGUAGCUGCAAACCAGAGAGGAAUUACUCUUAUUAAAGAGCUUAUUGAGCAGUAUGGUUUGGAAACAGUACAGGCUUACAUGACCUAUGUGCAGCUGAAUGCAGAAGAAGCAGUGAGAGAAAUGCUAAAGUCUGUCGCGGCAAGAGUUUUAUCUCAGUCAGCCAGGACUGGAGAUAAGAGUUCGGUCACUAUAGAAGAAGAGGAUUACAUGGAUGAUGGAUCCAUUAUUCAUCUGAAGCUUACAAUUGAUUCGGUCAAAGGUGAAGCAAAUUUUGACUUCAGUGGAACCAGUCCUGAAGUAUAUGGGAAUUGGAAUGCUCCAGAAGCCGUAACAGCUGCAGCAGUUAUAUACUGUCUUCGCUGCUUGGUGGAUGUUGAUAUUCCAUUGAAUCAAGGUUGUUUGGCUCCUGUGAAAAUCUACAUUCCACCUGGAUCAUUCCUCUCUCCAAGUGAUAAGGCCGCUGUGGUGGGUGGUAACGUUCUCACUUCUCAGAGAAUAACUGAUGUUGUACUUACUGCAUUUCAGGCUUGUGCUUGCUCACAGGGUUGUAUGAAUAAUCUCACUUUUGGGGAUGACACAUUUGGUUAUUACGAAACAAUUGGAGGUGGGAGUGGAGCUGGUCCAUCCUGGGAUGGGACCAGUGGAGUCCAGUGUCAUAUGACCAAUACCCGAAUGACUGAUCCAGAAAUAUUUGAACAGAGAUAUCCUGUUAUCUUGCAUAAGUUUGCCCUCAGAGAGAAUAGUGGAGGAGUUGGAUAUCAUAGAGGUGGUAAUGGGCUUGUGAGGGAGAUAGAGUUCAAGCGCCCAGUUGUUGUGAGCAUUCUUUCAGAGAGGCGUGUUCAUGCCCCGAGAGGGUUGAAAGGAGGGGAGGAUGGCUCUCGCGGAGCUAACUACCUAAUCACAAAAGAUAAAAGAAGGGUUUACCUGGGUGGUAAGAACACAGUUGAGGUGCAGUCAGGGGAAAUUCUUCAGAUUUUGACUCCUGGUGGUGGUGGAUGGGGCUCUCCUCUUUGAUCCCUACAAUGAUGAUAUUUGAUGCCAAGUUUUCUUUGACUUGUAUGACGUGUUUGAGUUUCGCAUGUCCCUUUUUCUGGUAAGAAUUUUGAACUAUGUGGUCAAAUUUCUGUUCUGGAGUUGCUUAGAUUACAAAACAAAUCUGUUGUUUUAUUUCUGUUGUCUUCUCAACACUAUUUCUAGCAUUGUAAUUGUACAUCGUAUCAUUACAUUUAUUCUUAGGAUCCUUAUUCUUACAAGCUUUACCAUACGUGUACCGUAUAUUGACCGUAUCUUUGAUGACUAGAUAGUAUAUACAUGAUCAUUGCCUUUGGCCAUUAUCAUGGGGUACGUACGUACGUGCCCUUCUCUCUGUAUGAACUAAACUCGUUGAUCAGUUAUUAACAAUGUAUUUGCAGUU